UAAAGUAAAUACCGUAAUAAUAAAAAAACAAUCAACCAACAAUUGCAAACAACAGGAAAUGGAAUAGGCUGCUUUAGUGCACAGCGUGUGUGAGACUAAGUGUGAGUGAGCCACUGCUCUGCUUGCCACUGCUGCUGCAUCACACCCACAGCCAGCUCCAUUCUCUUCUCUCCUCAAGAACUCGACAGAGCAGGGAGAGAGAAAGUCUUGCAGUUGCAGAGCCGAAUCGAUCUCCCAUCUCUGUCCAAGCUGAUCGACCAUGGGAUCGACGAGGCCACGGCUGCCCGGGUUCGGCGAGGACAAUAAUGGUGGGAGAGGGGGUCAGGGAAGAGGCGGGCGUCCUGGCCGGGCCGGCUUUCAGUACCAGCAAGGCGGCCGUGUGGCAGGCUCCUACCACCACCAUGGGCCUCGCGGCGCGACGCAGCACUGGCGUCCAACCGGCCCUGCUCCAGUGCAGCCGCCGCAGCACCGCGACGGUGGCGGCGGGGACGGCCCGUCUGCGACGAUAUCUGCUGAGGUGUGCCAAGCAAUGGACGAUGAUGACGCUCCACGCGAUCCCGUCGACGUCUCGGCCUCUCCGGAGACAGGGUCUCCGGAGGCUCUCGAGGUGGUCACCCGGCAGCUUGAGGCCCUGUCCAUGGAGGGCGGUGAGAAGAGCGCGGUUGUCUUCCAGCCGAUCCCGCUGCCCAGCUGCUCGUACAAGUUCCCUCGCCGCCCGGGGAACGGGAGGGUCGGCACCAAGUGCCUGGUGAAGGCGAACCAUUUCCUCGCCGAGCUGCCGGACAAGGAUCUUCACCAGUACGACGUUUCCAUCACCCCAGAGAUCACCUCACGGGUUGUCGGCCGCGCCGUGAUGGAAGAGCUGGUGAAGCUGCACAAGGUGUCCUACUUGGGAGGUCGGCUUCCGGCCUACGAUGGCAGGAAGAGUAUGUACACUGCUGGUGCGCUGCCUUUUACUUCCAAAGAGUUUCACAUCACUUUGCUCGACGAAGAUGAUGGCUCCGGUUUGGAGAGGCGUGAGAGAACUUUUAAGGUGGUGAUUAGGUUUGCGGCGAAGGCCGAUCUUCAUCGGCUUGAGCAGUAUAUAGCUGGGAGGCAGGGAGAGGCUCCCCAAGAGGCCUUGCAAGUUCUUGACAUCGUCCUGCGUGAGCUGCCAACAGCUAGGUACGAACCAUAUGGCCGAUCCUUCUUCUCACCUGACCUGGGAAGGAGGCGAUCCCUUGGCGACGGAAUAGAAAGCUGGCGCGGGUUUUAUCAGACCAUUCGUCCUACUCAGAUGGGUUUGUCACUGAAUAUUGAUAUGUCAGCUACAUCUUUCUUCGAGCCUCUGCCUGUCAUUGAUUUUGUUUCUCAGCUUUUAAACACUGACAUCCGCUCGAGGUCCCUCUCAGAUGCUGAACGUGUCAAGAUCAAGAAGGCCUUAAAAGGUGUGAAGGUGGAAGUUACUCACCGUGGCAACAUACGGCGGAAGUAUCGGAUAUCUGGUUUAACAUCCGAGGCAACUCGGGAGCUAAGUUUUCCCGUUGAUCAAGGGGACACAGUGAAGUCUGUUGUCCAAUACUUUCAGGAGACAUAUGGCUACACCAUCCAGCACACCUACCUUCCCUGUCUGCAAGUCGGUAAUCAGCAGCGUCCAAAUUACCUCCCCAUGGAGGCCUGCAAAAUAGUGGCGGGACAGAGGUACUCCAAGAGACUCAACCAAGGUCAGAUAAGAGCUCUUCUAGAGGAGACAUGUCAGCGCCCACAUGAUCGAGAGCGGGACCUAAUUCAGAUUGUAAAUCACAACUCUUACCAUGAUGAUCCUUAUGCAAAAGAGUUUGGCAUCACGAUCAGUGAGCGUCUGGCAUCGGUUGAGGCACGGGUUUUGCCUACUCCUCGGCUUAAGUACAGUGAGGCUGGUAGAGAGAAGGAUUGCUUGCCUAGAGUUGGCCAAUGGAAUAUGAUGAACAAGAAAUUGGUAAAUGGUGGUAGAAUCCGGAGCUGGAUGUGUGUCAAUUUCGCUCGAAAUGUGCAAGACAGUGUUGCUACAGGAUUCUGUCGUGAACUUGCCCGCAUGUGCCAAGCCUCAGGAAUGGAAUUUGCUUUGGAGCCUGUUCUUCCAGCUAUAUAUGUGCGUCCUGAUCAAGUGGAGCGAGCUUUGAAAGCUAGGUUCCAUGAUGCACUGAACAUACUUGGACUACAGCGCAAGGAGCUCGAUUUACUUAUUGGAAUACUUCCUGAUAACAAUGGCUCGCUUUAUGGUGACUUGAAGCGUGUCUGCGAAAUCGACCUUGGGCUGAUUUCCCAGUGCUGUUUAACAAAGCAAGUGUUUAAAAUGAACAAACAGAUCCUGGCAAACCUUGCUCUGAAGAUAAACGUCAAGGUCGGGGGAAGGAACACUGUCCUGGCUGAUGCAGUGUCAAGGUGCAUCCCUUUGCUUACUGACAAGCCAACGAUCAUAUUCGGCGCUGAUGUCACCCAUCCCCAUCCUGGUGAAGACAGCAGCCCUUCCAUUUCUGCAGUUGUGGCCUCCCAAGAUUGGCCUGAGGUGACUAAGUAUGCUGGCCUAGUCUCUGCUCAAUCUCACAGGCAAGAAUUGAUAGAUGAUCUGUACAAUGUCACUCAUGAUCCUCAGAGAGGAACCAUCCAUGGUGGCAUGAUCAGGGAGCUUCUUAUCUCCUUCAAAAGAUGUACUGGAGAAAAGCCUCAGAGAAUAUUGUUCUAUAGAGAUGGUGUCAGCGAAGGCCAGUUCUACCAAGUUCUACUGCAUGAGCUUGAUGCCAUCCGAAAGGCAUGCGCGUCGCUGGAGGCCAACUACCAGCCGCAGGUUACUUUCAUCGUGGUUCAGAAGCGCCACCACACCAGACUGUUUCCGCACAACCACAAUGACCAGAGCUCCGUCGACAGGAGCGGCAACAUCCUCCCCGGCACUGUUGUAGACUCCAAGAUCUGCCAUCCUACAGAGUUUGAUUUCUUCCUGUGCAGCCAUGCCGGCAUCAAGGGCACGAGCCGCCCCGCGCAUUACCAUGUCCUGUGGGAUGAGAACAACUUCAGUGCCGAUGCACUGCAGAGCCUCACCAACAACCUCUGCUACACUUACGCGAGGUGCACGCGGUCGGUAUCGAUCGUUCCUCCGGCAUACUACGCUCACCUGGCCGCCUUCCGCGCCCGGUUCUACAUGGAGCCGGACAGCUCCGACAGCGGCUCCAUCGCGAGCACGCGCCAGGCCGGCUCCUCGACGUCCCGCAGCACCCGGGCCCCCGGCGGUGGGGUCGUGAGGCCCCUCCCUGCGCUCAAGGACAGCGUGAAGAGGGUCAUGUUCUACUGCUGAUGCUGCCCUAAAAUCAUCUACUGCUGAUGGGUCCAGUCAACUAGUCAAAGAGCUAGAAAAUUAGCAAGUUAAAUGUACGAGCUUAUAUCAUAAAACUACAGAAAUCAUCAUAUCAAGUUCAAAAAAAUACUUCAGUAGUUCAGUUACAGAAGUACAUAGUAUCUUAUAUGAAUUCGGUUGGCAGUACGAAAUUGUUAUUCUUUAAGCAUCAAUAAA